CCACAAAAAAAAAUUGUUAUCAGUUUUAAACCCGAUGUGCAUUUUCAUCCGUAAAUAUUGUUGCAUGCGCAAGAAACGAUCGUAUUAAAAACGAAAUAGAUCGUUGCAGCACGCGAUGCGGCUACUACAUCGUAUAUGGCUUUAUAAAAUCAGUUGGAAAUCGCGUAUAGUAGAAAGAAAGGAGACUGGAGGUCGUCUCCGGGAUCAAAGAACCCAAAGCGACCAGGUUAACGGGAAGAAACACUUCCACACCCAGCACUUUGUCGUUGAGAUCACGGAGAUGUACGAACCGGUGUUGUCGGCAAACAACGUCACGGCCACUGCAACCGCAGCCGUUAUACGAAAGCAGCAGGAAUCCACCAGUAGUGACGGACAGGACGAGAACGAAGUAGCGGCGUCACUUUGCGCCGAAACUACCGAUGCCGAUGACGAUCAACGCAUGAAGAACAACGGCGUCGCCGGCAGCAGCCCAAGAAGACCACCUCGCAGAAAGAAACGAGCUCAAGACAGAAGAAGACUCGAAGAACUAAGAAAAGGGGUUUGUAAUAAUAGAGAAAUUAAAAAGGAAAGAAAGGAGGAAAGUGGAGUUACGAUGAGAACUGGAACUGGAGAUCGUUGUAUCGAUAUCGAUCAUAUUACUUUGGGUCAUAACAAUUAUAAGAAUAAGAAGCAAAGUGUGGCCACGCAAACGUGCCAAGUGGUUCCUUAUCGGUUGAAGUUUUGGCCGAAGAGCGAAGUACGCAUAAAAUGUGCCGGUGAUGCAAAAGUCCUAGACCAUGUGCAAUGUUGCUGUAGGACUUUGAGUCAAUUGUUAUUAUCGCAAGUUGGUCUAACCAUUAUUCUACUUAGUUGGGCGUUAUUGGGUGCCUUUGCUUUCUAUCAAACUGAAGGUCCUCGUGAACAAGAACAAGCCAAAGAACUAAAAAAAUUACAAGAUGAGCUAACCAUUGAUCUUUCGACUGAUUUAAUUUCUUCGGAUAAAGAAGGGUGGAACAAAAUUAUUAAUAAAUACGCUUUAAAGCAUGAAACCCUUCUGUUGGAAGCUGUCAGUGCUGGGUAUGGAGAAGGAGGAGGCGAAGGAGGGAGAAUAUGGACUUAUCCCGGAUGUAUACUAUUUGCUGUAUCUUUAUUAACAACUUUAGGUUUUGGUGCUCCAGUUCCAAGAACACCGUUAGGUCGAGGUGCCGCAAUAUUAUUUUCAGCAGUUGGCAUCCCUCUUCAUUUCCUACUCAUUUUAAACAUAGGCAAUUUAACAGCGGGGAUUUUAUACAAUUUAGCAACAAAAGAACCAAAAACUGAAAUCCCUAACAUAUCGACUGGCGUUACAAAAACAGCGACGUGGUUAAAAUGGCUUCCUUUAAUUGCUGUUUUAUUCUAUUACGCGAUAGGUGUCGCGCUUUUCGGAGUCCUACGAUCAAGAGGGGUGGUCGAUAGUUUAAUGUUUCCUUUAGAUUUUACAGCAGCCGGUGGCGUAGCUAAAACUUCCGGUGUGGUACGGAUAUUUUACGCCCUCUAUCUUGAAUUUGCGGUAACGUUAGCGGCCAUUAUCGUCUCGCUAGUUCAGGUAACUGCCACGAGGGGUUUUAUUGAUUUAGGUUUAAAACUUGGAUUGUUAACUAAUAAUUAAAUUUUGAGAAAUAUUUUUGAGCUAGUGCCUUUUAGAGGGUGUAAAAAAAUGUUAAAGCAAAGAUAAAUCUAAGGAGAAGAACAUAUCGAGUUGUGAAACGUCCAAAAUAUGCCUUAUAAAUAAAAAAAUAUUAACUUAGAA